CAGGAGCAAAAGAGGCAGAUGACCAAGGAGAACCUUUUCCUCUGUGGUAGAUGGCACCUGGGCACGUACAGAUGGUGGGCAAGAAAGGCCCUGAAGCUGGAAUGGGAGUAGGGAAAGAGUUGAGUGCCAGUGAACUGUGGGAGAGAACAAGGCCAAAGAGCCUCCUGGGUGAGGAUGCCCUUGGCUUGGACGUGCAGUGCCAGCAGUUCAGGCGGUUCUGUUACCAGAAGGCCGAGGGCCCUCGAGACACAUGCAGCCAGCUCCACCAACUUUGCCUGCAGUGGCUGAAGCCAGAGAGGCACAGCAAGAAGGAGAUGCUGGACCUGGUGAUCCUGGAGCAGUUUCUGGCCGUCCUGCCCCCAGAGAUGGAGAGCUGGGUGAGGGAAUGCAGUCCGGAGACCAGUUCCCAGGCAGUGGCCCUGGCAGAAGGCUUCCUCCUGAGCCAGGCAGAGAAGGAGAAAGAGCAGGUGAGUUGGGUUCAUCAUGAUAAGGCAAAAGUAUCUGAGAACUUCAGUCUUUUCCUAAAGCAUCUCUGCCCAAUUUGUGUGCAGGGGUGA